UCUGCGAUUCCUGGCCCUGCACAGGACAAGCCCAAGAAUCUCACGCUGUGCCUGACAGCAUUGUCCAAAUGCUCCGGGAGCUCUGUCAGCCUUGGGGCCAUGAUCACUUCCCUGGGGAGCUUGUUCAGUGCCUGACCACCCUCUGGGCAGAGAACCUUUUCCUAAUAUCCAAUCGAAACUUCCCCUGCCACAGCUCUAGCCAUUCCCUCGGGUCCUGUUACUACCACGGAGAGCAGAGGUUGGAGCUGCCCUCGGCUGCCCCCCCUGAAGAAGCUGCAGCCCAUAAUGAGGUCUCUCCUCAGUCUCCUCUUUCCCAGAAUGAACACACCAAGGGACUUCAGCAGCUUUUCACAUGACUUCCCCUCUAGACUCUUUGCAGCCUCCUUUGGACACUCUCUAACAGCUUUAUUCUUCUUUAUUGUGGUGCCCAGAUCCGUGGGGACCUGUGGGACAAGCAGGGCUCCAGUCUCACUGUGUCCUCAGGGAUCCCCAUCCACAGGAACCACGACAUGGUUCCCGAAAACCUCUGAAACCAUGGAUUCUGAAAACAGAGGCGGAGUCUGUGGGGUACACAGGGAGCCCCAACACCGGGGCCAGUCCCACACCUGCACCCGUCCAGCACAGCCAGGGCACAGCCGUGACUCAGGGACUUUCUGAAGCCGAGGACGUGCCACUGCCGUGUUUGUUCAACCAUCCUCCACGGAUUCUUUACCCAUGAUUCCAGCCCAUUAGGCUUUCAGCCACCUGAAUUAUCGGCACCCACAUCCUGUGGCCAGCAGUGCCAGGUCUGGAGCAAACACGUCCUUUGGCACAGCCAGGAUGGUUUGCUGUGGCCAACACCCCGAGUACUCCCCCCGGCACCUCUUCUUGGCCACUUGAUUCCUCUUUGUCCCACCGAGGGGCCACUUUACCCCCUUCCCGCUGCAUUCCCCGCUCCGCACCCCGUGCCCUGCGCAGAAACCUGCGGGCGCUCCUCCCGGGGCUCCCCAUCCCUGCGGGAAUGCUCGGCGGGCUCUGGGAAGCGCUGGGGUGUCCCUGUCCCCGGAUUGUCGGGCUGCGGGGAGAGAGGAACCGGGGGAGGAUAGCCGGGCACGCAGUCGGGAAUUUGAGACGGGAACUAAGACCGGGAAGGAAAGCCGGCGGUGCAACCCAUCCCGCCCCACGGCAGACGCACCCUCACCCUUCCCAUCACAGAGAACCGGUCCGUCGAGGAGCGGACGGGUCGUCCCGGUGCCGGGACUGGGCGGACACCGCUCCGGUCCGCCCCCCGGGCGGUGCCCGGUGCCGACCCGCCCCGUCGGCGAGCGGCGGGCGCGGGGAGCCGGGCGGCGGCAGAGCUGCGGGACGCGCCAUGCUGCCCGCUGCCCUCCGCCGAUGGCUCCGCCGACCCAAGCGCUCCGACCCACGCCUGCUCUCCCAGUUCUUCUUUGCCGACGAGAGGGUGACACGGGUGGUGGCCGAGAUCAACGGGCUGGAUGCCGAGCUGGACCCGCAGCAGUACCUGGUGCUCCUCAACCAGCUCCACGUCAGCCAGGCUCACCUGCUGGCCGUCCUGGAGCGGAUCAUGGAGGAGUGCAUCCCCACGCAGCGGCACAGCCGUGACUACCUGGUCAAGUUCCCCGAGGAGCUCUUGGUGGACAACUUGGGGAACCACAUGCUGUUUGCUGCCGAGUGUCUCCUGGCUGGGACUUUCCUGGAGAUGGAAGAGUCAGAUGGGGCACAGCUGCGGCCCCAGGCCAGGAAUCUGCUGUGCAGCCUGGAGCUGGUCCGGACUGUGCUGCGGGAGCAAAGCCUGAGCCAGCCCAGCUCCUACCCAGAGCCUGUCCGGGCUGUGCUCAUCCAAUUCGACCGGCUCUUUGCAGAGUUUGAGCUGAGCUACGUGUCCUCGCUGGUGGCAGUGAAGUCUCCUGACGAGAUCUACAGGCAGCAGGAGAUCAUCGUGCUCUUCUGUGAGACAGUGGAGAGAGCCCUGCACCUGGGCUACCUGACCCAGGAGAUGAUUGAUGGCUAUGAACCACUGCUGAUGUUCACCAUCCCUCGCCUGGCCAUUAUCAGCGGUCUCCUCAUCUACCCCGAGGGACCCCUCAGCCUGGAGCGGAGCCCUGAGGAGAUGUCCCGGGUCUUCAGCCCCUUCUACAACCUCCUGAGGAAGAUCAGGGACCUGUUGUGGGUGCUGUCAGCAGAGGAGCUCUGCCUGCUGGAGAGGAGCCUGUGCACAGCCGAACAGGAGGAGCCCUGCAGUCCAGAUGCUCCCCCAGCCUGGGGGGCAGCUGUGCCCAGUGUGGACCCUCCUGCUCCCUGCAGUCUUCUGGAGGUUCCCAAUACCACCCAGCCGCUCCCCACCUGCACGACACGACUGGCACCCCCCAGUGCCGUGGACGACCUGGGCACCGACUGGCAGCAGGGGUGUGCAGUGGGCAGGGAACAGGGCCAAGACGGCAAAUCCCUGUCCACUGGGCCAGGGCUAUCUCAUACCAUCCCUGGUGUCAUGGUCACCUCCCCCCUGCGCAGACCCCAGCCCCUUGGGAGUGGCCCAGGGAUGGGGGUCAAUGCCACGCCAGGUGCCCGCUGCUCCGAGCUGCGCUCCCGCUACAGCAGCACCAAGGACAUGCUGCACACCCUCUUCGUCUGCAUCUCGGGGGUGGCUGAUCAGCUCCAGACCAACUUUGCCGGUGACAUGCGAAGCAUCUUGAAAACGGUCUUCAAGAUCGUGUGCUCGCAGGCGGAGCCCUCGGAGGAGCAGAGUUACAGCGAAGAGAAAGAUGGUGACUCCUGCGUGACAGAUGCCCCUCGUGUGGCUGACUGCCCACUGUGCUCCAGCCCUGCAGAGGCUGCCAGGCUCCGGCGGGCAGGUGCCCGUCACCUGCCCGAGUGGGUGCCGGACAGCACGUGCAGCCAGUGCUCUGCCUGCCGCUCGCCCUUCACCCUGCUGCGCCGCCGGCACCACUGCCGCAGCUGUGGCAAGAUCUUCUGUGCCCGCUGCUCACCGAACACCGCAGUGCUGCCCUACUAUGGCCAGAGCAAACCCGUGCGUGUCUGCACCCACUGCUACACCACGCACCUCCCGCCCGCAUCCCGCUGUGCCCGGAGCCAGUGAGAGAGAGCCCCUCUGCCAGAUCUGCAUCGCAGGAGGCCGCACAGCUGCGUGCCCAGGGCCGCUCCGGGGCUGCCGGGCAGCACCUGGGCGCCGUGACUCUCCCCAGAGCUUGGUGGGCAUGGCGGCAGGACCCCCCCACCUGGUGUUCGGCUUCCCCCCGAUGCACAGGGGCAGGACCCCACACACGGUGGCAGCCCAUGCGGGGUGAUGGUGGCGCAGGACCGCCUCUCCUGGUGCACCGUGGCCUGCUCGGCUUUGGGUGAGCUGCCUGCUGCCGCCGUGCACCUGCCCCCCGGCUGGAAAUGUGCUUCGUGGUGGUUUUUUUUCAGGUGAACUUUGGCUGCUGUUGGGCCAGGGGCAGAGUCUCCCCCCGGGGCCUGGCCUGGGAAGGUGCAAACAGCCCUCACAUGACAGCGGGUGCCCCGGGGCCGCCCGUGCCGUGCCGUGCCGUGCCGUGCUGUGCCGUGCCCGGCAGCUGGGGCCCGGCACUCCCCUUCCCUCCCUAUCGCCUGCACCCGCUGGAUUUUAAUAAAGAGAUAAACCCGUCUGUCUGGGCCGUGCGGGGCUGGGCCGCGGCGAUCCCCGGCGCGCCGGUGGGCGCGGCCGGCGCGGGGACACGCGUGGACCGGGGGCAGGGGGCCGGGGCAGCAGGGCGUGCGCGCUCCCGCGCGGGCGGACACGAGCGCGCCGCGCCCCGCGCGUCACCGGGCGCGCACGUGGGCGGGCGCGCCUCUCCCGGGGGCGUGGCCGGAGGGAGGCGUGGCCCUGCGUAACAAUCGCCUAA